CAAAUGGCGGCUGCUGCUGUUGCAGGCGGUGUUGCUGCUGUUGAGGCAGAGCUCCCGCCUCCAAACCUCUGGGACCAAAUCUGCGCAGAGUUUGCAGCAAGGGAACCAACCCAUCCUGACAAUUUGGAACUGAAAGAAGAGCACAUUCCUGAGCAAAAGGGGGAGCCUUUGUCGAUCUUUCAGGUUCCUGGAAUUUCUCCAGCUUUGAAUGAGGAUAGGGGCAAAUCGGCCACUGCUGAUGAGACAGCUCCUCAAAAGACUCCUUCUCACCUUUCUCUUCCAUUGACUCCUGAGCUGCCUGAUCUAAAGACAUGUUCUCCAAGAGAAUUCUUAGAAUACUACAUAUUUCCUGUGCUUCUUCCUGGGAUUGCAGAAUUAUUACUUCAGGCUAAGAAGGAGAAAUGUUUUGAGAGAAAAAGAACAAAAUUUAUUGCCCUUGAUUUCCUUACUGAAUGGUUAUACAACCACAACGCGAAGAGGACAGAUGACCCCUUUGUGGAGUUCUUCGAGAUCCCUUUUGUGAAGGAUUGGCUGAAAGACCAUCCUAGACCACCAAUUGCACUCUCUCUGCUGCUGUCCGAAGAAGAAGCAAGCAACAUAAUUCAAUCAUUCUGGAGAGGUUAUCGGGUUCGCUGUGAUCCUGAAGUUCAAGAAUUACGCCAGUGGCAAAAACAUUUGAGGGAGACUAAAAACAUCUUUAAGCGGGUGCGAGAAUUCUGGGCCAAGCAAGAGAAAAAACUGGGAACCAAACUAGAAGAUUCCGUACAGCCCAGCCCACAGCACUCAACAUUUUCUGUGCUGGAAAUCUUCAAGAAGACAGAGGUCACAGACAUUGUCCCUGAGGUCACGGUCGCAGGUGUUGAGGAAUCACCAUGUAACCUGUCUGAACCUUCCCUUUAGGUUCUGCUACCAGAGGUGUGGGCCGGGCAUCAGCAAGUUAUUUUGUUCUGAAGACAUGCCCUCACAUUAGUAUAACCCUGGUAUUGCCUCGUAGUCAAGGGGCAAAAUUGUGUCAGAGCACAUAUCCUCAUCUAUUGUAACAAGAUUAUAGUUGAGCCUUUUAGAAAUAGAUGUGUAAGCUCAGCGGUAGGUUUUUCCCUCCCGUGGAACCCAUUGCAUGGCACACAGGCUUCCACAACAGACGCUGACCAGAAACCCACUUCUGUAAGCUUUUGAGUGGAAGGGUGCAUUUUGUUUUCAAAGAGAACUUUCACACCUUGGAGGCUUUGAGGAAUGACAGUUGCUUUCACAGAAGGAGUAACCCAUCUCUCCCUAAAGCCAACCUUUUUUGCCUUUGACAGCAGAAUGCUGCAGCUUCCCCAUCACUUUUUGUGUUAAAAGUGUUCUGGGUAUAGUGGAGAAUUGGAACAGGCCAAAAAGUGAUUAGUGAUGCAGUGACUAGCUGAAGCUCUCAUCACUUGGAUCAAGGGAGGGGAAGGCUCAUCCAUGCCCAUCAGAAUAUGAGUAGCACCCCAAAAGUGAUUGGAAGACCAUGGUUUCCAACCAAAUUCUGGCUGGUAACAAGAUCCUCCAUCAGAUUGUGGGGAACAUUUUGCCUUCUGGAUGUUUGGUGGCAUAACUAACAUAACCCCUUCCAGAGUAAUGAAAUGUCUUAGAAACAACACAGGGUUUGGUUUGGAACAGCGCUCUAGCUGUAUUAUUAUCAAUAUCUUUAAUGUUGUGAUCUUCAAUUUAAUCAAUGACAUUAUUUUCAGAGCAAUUGGGAGCGGUCACACAAGAGUCCAGACACUGCAUGUGGUCCCCAAGACCCCCAUUGAGAUCUCAAAUGGUGAUCCCCUCCAAGCCCACUACAUUUCAAAAUAGGACCCAAGAAACUCAGCCUUUCCAAAGGCAAAAAGAAAGCCCCAAACUUCUGAAACUUCUUGUUUUAUCCCCCAGAACUGUUGGAAGGUGGCUGCUCAUGAGGGUAGACCUUGCAGCAGCCACAUUAAGAGCUUUUAACUGUGCAUUCUUGAAAUAUCCUCAGAUUAUAAAGGCAGAAACUGAUUUCACAAACAUUGAACAAUACUUGAAAUGACUCCUACCCCACCAUCCUCUUUUGUAUUCUAUAGGAUGAACGAAGUGUCCAGUGAGCAAGACUAUGACCCAUAGCAACUGCAUCUUUUUCAAAUAUUAGAAGCUCCUAUUUGACUUAAAAACAUGCCAAAACCAAAAUAACCAGAACAUUGUAAGUAAAUAGUAAAGCCUUUAUUUUAUUUUGUUUUGUUUCAUUUUUGUUAAGAACAGCGUUUUUGAAAAUAAAAUGUAUUUUUGCCCAUGCUUUACAAUUU